AUGCCUGUGCCUACUCUUCAUAUAACCAAAACCCCUCAGUGUUCGAAGUGUGGGAGAUAUCAUGUGGAAAAGUGUUGGGUUUACUUCAAGUAUGGCAAGACAGGGCACAUAGCCAAAUAUUGUGAAGAGGGUAGAGUGGGUACCAUAGAGCAGAGAUCGACUGUUCCUGUGAGAGUAUUCGCGUUGUCCCAGGAGGAGGCAGGUGUGUCUCCAAAUUUAAUUAGAGGUAAAAUCUCUCUGCACAACUGUGAUAUAGAUGCUUUGUUUGAUUUAGUUACUACCCAUUCUUGCAUUUUUGAUGACUGUGUGUUGAGGUUGAAAUUGUCUGUGCAUACCUUGCCAUAUGUAAUUAAUGUGUCCACGCUGGCAGAAAAUUCUAAGAACCGACUGUGUUUGUUUGGGUGUUGA